UUCACCGAGGCCCAAGAGGAAAGAGAGAGCAUUGCACUCACACCAAGCACCACUCGCUCAGCACUGGUCCUCUCCUCGCAUCGCCUCUCCUCUUCCCAUCUCUCCCCCUCUCUCCUCAUCUCAAAAGCAAAACAGAUGGUGGAAAAGCAGCACAUCUGUCCGGUCGCUGUGCAACAAUAGAUCGCGUCGAGCCGCAGUCGAGCCUGGUCAUGUCCGCGCGCGAGAGCUGCUAGAGAUCCGGUGUGUUUUGUGGCUUCGCCUUUCACAACGGCUGCCGAGGGAGGACCGCGCGUCUGUCUGGGUUCUCCAACGAGCGGAGAAGAUGGCCGCCAUUAAGAUUUUAACCAGUGCGGGGCUUUUCUUGGCGUUUUGCGCUCUGGUCUUGUUGGCUAUGGCCAUCUGCACCGAUUACUGGUACGAGACGGAUGCUCGGCGGCAUCGCGAGCGCUGUAAGAACUACGCAAACAAGCGUAACGAUCCAGGAUACAUUUACAUCUCAAAUCACAACUUGCCUCUCCAGAUGCCUCCAAAGGGCUAUGAGAGGAAAGCGACGGAGGCGCGCGUGAAGCGGCACGCUCCGGCUUCGGCGACGGCCAUGGAGUCUCACUGCAGCCGCCAGUUCAAUUCUACUAUCUCCGGUUUGUGGAGAAAGUGCCACCGCGAGGGCUUUGACCUGGAGACCGAGGAUCUCAUUUACAAAGGGUUGAUUCAGAGAUGCACCCCUGUGAAGUAUCAUUACACCUCUUCAAUCCUGCCUCGAAACCUUCCUGUCAACAUCACCAAGACCAUCCGGCAAGAUGAGUGGCAUGCCCUGCAUCUGCGGAGGAUGACAGCAGGUUUUGUGGGCAUGGCUGUCUCCAUCAUCCUUUUUGGCUGGAUCAUCGGAGUUCUUGGAUGCUGUCAACAACAUGAUCUCAUGCAGUAUGUAGCUGGACUACUCUUCCUCAUGGGCGGAACCUGCUGUAUUAUCUCCCUUUGCACGUGCGUGGCGGGCAUUAACUUUGAGUUGUCGCGUUACCCGCGUUACCUGUACGGCCUUCCGGAGGACAUCAGUCAUGGGUAUGGCUGGUCCAUGUUCUGUGCCUGGGGCGGACUGGGUCUCACCCUGCUGGCCGGGUUCUUAUGCACGCUGGCUCCUUCUUUAAGCAGCCCCUUGGCCCGCACCACAGUCCACAAAUCCAGGCACGAAAAUGGGACUGUGUGAUCAGAGACUCCUGCUGCGACGUUUUCACGACAUGCAUACAGCGUCGACGUAAGGACAAAGCAUCUGGCCUGUUCAUCAUCAUGCAGUAUCUUUUCUCUUUCUGUGUUCCUAUGACUCCAGUGGCUCUCGUUGAUCACCGAUGUCGACACAACUUGCGUACACCGUCCAUUUGUUUAAAAGGUCUGUAAACGGCCCGAACACUGCUGAUAAAGUCAAAUGGAGACACAAGCACAGACCACCGAGCAUCUUCCACCGUCUCACAUGUCUCUCACUCUGGUUCUUCGUGGCACAAAAAAAAGAAAAAAAAACGAAAUGUUCACCGCUCUGCUUCAUGACGGAGAAGCGAGCUGGAGGCGACUCUCUUCUCUCCGAGAGGAUAAUAUGGUGCUCUCUUUUCAAAUUCACACAACUGCGCAGAAAUCUUUUCAAAGACAUCAAAAAAAAAUCCAUGGGUUUUCUUAUAGCUGACUGACGGUGUGGAGGAUUUGAGUCCGGAAGCAAUGGGAAGGAGGGAUAAAAGUAUUUCUGUCGUUCGAGCUUUGAGGAGCACAUUUCCCAAGGCCUCAAAGAGUGUGUACGUAAAAAAAAAAAAAAAAAAAAAAAACUUUGUUUUGUCUAGAUUUCAGGUCUGUUUGUAUGAAAUUAUGCUUGGGAUGCAAAUGGAGCCUUUUCACUCUUUGUUAUGAUUGUAGCGAUCGGCGACAUGGCUAGCUGGUUUGGUGGAAUCCGACCGAAUUUGACGUUAUUUCUGGCAUGUGAAUUACCAACGUGAUGAAAAUGUUUGUCUCAUGAAGCCUUAUUGCUGUUAUGAGCACAACAUGACCAGAAUCAGAGUUAUAUAUGAACACAGCACCUUCCAACCACAACUGAAUGUUGUCGAAUAGUUAAAGAUACGGCACAGUUACAGCUCGGGGCGACACGUUGCGAGAUUUUGAAGGAAAUUCAGUGUUGUUUAGCCGCAAAAUGUGAAGAUACAGAAAUUGUACAGAACUUUGACGAAGAUGCUGAAUUGCAGAUAAGAGUGUUUGAUAUACAGUACAGUACAUGACACGCAACAAGCUAUAAUGUUUACAUCAUUUAAUGUUUGUACUUAGAUGACUCCAACCGAAACAAUAUUUUAAAAACCCCAACAGGCCCGGAGGUUUUAUUCUAGUAAUAACCUAGUAAUAUCUUUUUUUAAGUGAGUGUUUCCACAUUAUCAUGAAUAAUUCAUAUUGAUUCUUCUCUCACCAAUGGAUAUUAUUUAUUGAGGAUGCUACUGUGAAAAGCACAGUUGCCGUAAAUCAUUUACCAACGCCUCACAUGUCUUUGCCAAACGUACGUUCAUAGUCUCAUAGACCUCCACAGAACCCAGAUCAACUCUUGAGCACAACGCACUAAUGUUGAUAUUCACGGCGAGACGAAACGCAAUAGGUCACGUAAGACUUUAAAGACGGCAAAUACGCUCAAAAUGCGUCCACGGUGUGGGAGAGAGGAAGGGGUUUGUAAAUUGUCAUUAGAGGGAAACUGUGGAGUCCAGUCAUUUUAUGGUAAAGCUUACAGCUGAUUGGCACAAACAUUUAUGUCACAGACAUAAAGUGAACAGAAGCCAAAAGAACAAAUCCCUUUAGGUAGAUAGGAGAGUGUUGUAUUGAGUGCGAUGAACUGCAGGGCAGGUAUUGACUGAAAAUAUAGUGGCAAAAAGUAAUAAACACCACUUGAGAAAGGAUUUGUGUUAAACGUCUGAAAAUGUGAAUAUUUUGGACAGGAUUUAAAAAAAGAGCACAAGCUUUUCAAGUGAAAAGAAUAAAAGCAGCUUCAGGUGUUUUGUCACUUACGGGGAGAUAUGAGAGACAUUUGUACAAAAGCUGCCGUUUUCUUUGGCAGCUGAAGUAGCAUCACUUUUUUUAUUUAUUUUUGGGUAUGAACUGUUUUUACCGGUUCAUUUCAUAAUUACAACUGGACAAAACAAGUAUCAUUGUCUCGCAUGCUGUCAUAUUGAUUCAUUUCAGUGUAUUUAGACUGUGUAAAUUUUUUUAAAUGACUUUUAUUUUAUGAAAUAAAAUGUUAGUAGCAUUUCA